AUAAAAGGGGUUUUUCUUUUGCGGGCGCACACUUUAUAAUCAGCCCUCGCGAAUCAGCGAAUUGACGUUCAAUGGAAUCAACAAGUAAUCAAAACGUCAGAACAAAACUGUUGUGGUACUACCGUACACAUGGCAACACUUGGUCUAAAAUGUCUCGAGGCAGAGUAGUUAAACAUUUUCCUUCUCAGUAUUGAUCCAACGUUAAAGGUAAAUGCUUCGUUUUUGUUGUGCAACUGUGACAAAAUGACAGGAACAAGUUUACCAAGGGUUCCAGAAGGACUCAGGGAUCUAAUGAAGGUCUUCACAAAAGAUGUUCUACGUGAAAAGCCGGAAAAUCUUUAUCAAUUUUCUGCAAACUAUUUCGAUGGCAUUGUAUCUGAGAAAACGCCACAAGCGAUGCGUAAGUACGAGCCAGUGCAAAGUUAUGAGGCCAUCAUGAAAAACCGGAUACGUCAGCAAGUGCCCUUGUCACUUGUAUUUAAUAUAAUUCCCGAAACUUUAACCGAACUAAUCAAGCAGUUCAUCAAAGCUGUUCUUAAAGAGUGUCCCGAAAACAUUUAUGUUUUUGCCAGGGAAUAUUUUCAUCGGCUUUCCAUUGCCAAGACUACUCAAAAUAAUAGAAACACCGACUACACGACCUAUGAAAAAUAUCUGGAGGGCAAGGAGAAUGCACGUCUUGCCCCAAAAGUCACUUGUGAAUGUGGUCGUGUCCUAAGUGCUGCUAGGACACUAGAGGCGAUACCGCUAAAUGAACAAAAUGCCCAAUCAAGUCCAUUGAUUAUUGAUAAGGAUAAUCAGCAACACGAAAGAAGUUACAGUGUUAACUAUUUAAGGGCUGUUUGCAUUAUUCAAAAACAUUUUCGCCAAUACCUUAAGCGAAAAAAUGCGACUAAAAAAUACAAUAGUCAUGAGUAUGUAACUGCAAUUUAUAUAAUCCAAAGGCAAGUUCGUCGAUAUUUGACCAGAAGGCGUAUUGCGAAUUCAAAAUCUCUUGACCAGCAGCAAUCGAAAAAGAACAUAAGACAGCAUUAUGAUUCCGCAACAUAUAUGAGAGCUGUCUAUGUGAUUCAAAGACAUUACCGGCUAUAUAGAAAACGCCAAAACAAAAAGCAAUUGAAAAAUGAUACAGUUUCGCUGACGGCAGCCGCCUUUAUUAUACAAAGGACUUUUAGAAGGUUAAUAAAGGCACGAAGGGCCAAAAAGCACACUGCCGCUGCACUAGAUCAAGGCGAUGAGGUCAACGAUAAUGCCUCCGAGGCAGGUUCAUAUACAUCUGCCUCUACAGCUCUACUUUCAACCGAGUCGGCCGGUGAACAUAUGGAGUUUGGGGGCAAUUUCGAAGAAUCCGUCCACCAACAAACCAUUAAGGAGGACGAAGAGGUUGAGAACAAUUACGUAAAUUUUGACGAAAAACAUUUUGAAGAAACUACUAAAAAGGAUGGCCAAUCGAUAAACUCUAAGAUGUGGGAGUCAUCGAUUCGAUAUACAGGAGAUGAUGAAGAAGUGGAAAAGUCAAGAAUUCAUAUUGAAAGCGGUAUGCAGGAAACUACAGCCGAUGGAAUGGAUCUAAAGGAGUUUGAUGGGAAUGUUUUGUUAAAGCAAAAUAAAGAGAAUAGCAUUGACAAUGGAAUAAAAACUAAAACCAAGGAUGGUUUAGAUGUCAAUUUAGAAAAACACAAUGAAUUGGAUUCAACAAAUAUAAUUUCCAUGAACAACUUUAAUAGUUUGCAACCUACUCAAGAAGAGGUAGAGAAUCCACAGAAAACCAGUGCAAGUGUCCAAAGUUCUUUAGAUGAUGCUACAGAAGAUGCAGCACUACAAAUGGAGUCCCUUCAUCGAGAAAAGAGAGAUAUUGAAGAUCCUCGCAUAGUGGAAGUUAACAAGGAAUCCAAUGAAUUGGGAAAUGUGAAACCGGAAACGGCAGUCAUGAGACAAGAAAAUGAUUUAGACACAGCAGUCGAAGAAGAAGUCAAUAUAACAAAGAAAUCGCAAAAUGUGGGCGAUUUACCAUUAAUACACAAAAUUGAAAAUAAAAGCGAUGAAAAAGACAAAGAAGUGGACCCUGAAGAAAAAACAAUAAAUAAGUUGAAUAGUUCGGAAAGUGAUGAGCAAUUAAUAAUUCAGAAUGCAAAACAUGAAAGCCGAGAUAAAGAAAUUGAGAUAGAGACUAUUGAAAAAAAGAUAGUCAAUGAAUUGGAUAAGUCGGAAGGAGACGAUCAAAACACAAAACUCAAAAGCGAACCAAGAGACACGGAAGCCGAUACUACUGAAGAAGAAAUUGGUAACACAUUGAAUAAAGCAGAACAGAAAAGUAGCGAUCGUUCAGAUAUCAAAAAUAUUGAAACAAAAGACAAUGAAAGUAAAUUUGAAUGUGAACCGACUAGUAAAGAAAUUGAUAAUAAGGAGAAAAGAACAGAAAGCAUUGAAAUCGAGAAAAAAGAAAAGAAAACAGAAGAGACAAUGAUAGAGGAAAUUAAAGAAACGAUUUUGGAUAAACCAGAAAAUGAAGUAGAUACUGCAAUGUUAACUCCGAGUGAAAAAGUAGAAUAUGUAGAUAUUCAACCUGAAAAUAAAGCUGCUGAAACUGAAGUCAUUGAAAAGAUUAUUGUAAAAAGGGAAAUCAAUCCAACGACUGCCCCAAAAGUGGAAAUCGAAAACAAUGAGCAAACAUUCAAUAUGUCUGAAGAAAUAAGUGAAGGAGAAACCACUGUAUCGACCAAUGAUAAAGUAAAAGAUCAAAUGGAAAUCAUAGAAAGAGAACACAAACUUGGGGAGACUGAAAAGAAAAUUGAAACCCUAGAAGAUACAAUCCAACCGAGUAACGCCAAAACUCCAGUUAUAAAAAUUGAACGAACGGAAGAGACAAUGGAAGAGAGAGAAGAUGAAACAGACGAAUCGACUCUUGGAAAAAUGGAAAAUGUUGUUGAGGACGCAAUUUUAGCAAAAAUAGCUUUUAAUAAAAUUUCCAAUAACACUCCAAUUAUCAAACUUGACCUAACAGAAGAGAAAAUUGAAGAUGAAAUAGAUGAACCGACUGUUGCGAAAGAGAUAGAAGAUAAUAUCCAAGAACCUAGUAACGAAAAAGCCCCAAUUAUAAAAAUUGAACAAACAGAAGAGACAACUGAAGAUGAUAUAGAUGAAUCGACUGUUGCAAAAAUGGAGAAUAUUGUUGAGGAGGCAAUUUUAGCAAAAAUGACUAUUAACAGACUGUCCAAUAAAGAUGAGCAAAUCCAUGAAAAAGAUGAGAGUAUUGAGGAAGUUCAAAUAGUAGUCCAUGAACGACCAAUUGACACCGAAUCUCUAAAACCCAAGACAGAAUCGGAUGAAUCCCUAAUCGAAAGGGAAAGUAGGACCAAAGAUCAGUUCAUUGCCUCGGUAGAUGAACCAUCUAUAGAGAUAGAAGGUGCAGACAAACUUUUAAUUUCUAAAACUAAACCAGAAGAAGAAAACACUGAUUCUAUCGAAAAAAUAGAAGCCGAAGAACAAACCAUUAACAUAAAGGAAAAUAUAUCUGAUGAAUCAAGCAUUAAAACACUUGAUAAAAAGAAAAUUGAACCGACAGUCAUAGAAAUUGAAGAUAAAUCUAAUGAAACUAUAAAAGAAAUAGUAGAAAACGAUGUCAUUUUACCAAUAAUUGAGAAAAUAGAUAAUAUAAUAGAUAAUAAUAGAGAAAGUAAAGACGACAAACCAGAUGAUACAGUAAAACCUGAUGAUGAUAAAACUACUGGAGAAGAAAACGGCACAAUCGAUGAAUCAACUGUUGUAGAAGCAGAAUGUGUGUCUGAUGAGUUCAUUAUUCCAAAAACAGAAAAUAUGUCCCAAAAGGAACCAACUGACAGAGAAACUGCAAAUAAUCUUAACGAUUUGACCAUAUCAAUAACAAAAGGGGAAGAAAAACAAAUUGAUGAACCCAUUGAAAUUCAUCCUAAAAGUAAAGCCAAUGAACUAAUCAAUGAAUCAACAGUUAACCAAAUAAAAAGCCAAGAUGAUUACCUUACAGGAGAAAGCAAAGAUGUUGACCCUACAAUUGAAAUAAAGGCAAAUACGAUGGACAAAUUGAUCGCAGAAACAGCGAAUGAACACAAACAAAAAGCAAAUGAUCUAGCCGACGAGACAAUUGAAAGAACAACAUACGAUGAACCGGAAAUCGUAAAUUUGCAAAAUAUAGACGAUCAACAGAUUUCUGUUACAGUUGAAAAGGAAGACGAUGAACUAGCUAAACAAAUGGAAGAUGAGGGAACAGUUGAGAAACUUGCAACAAAUGAACUAAAAAAUAUUCCAAUUAAUAAACUAACCAAUGAACAAAGUAAUGAUUAUUCAAAUGAACCAAUCAAUGAACUAACCAAUGAAGAAUCAGUAGAACUAACCGAAAAAUCUAACAAUAAACAAACCAAUAUAUCAGCCCAUGAACUUACCAAUGAACCAACCAAUGAACCCAUCAAUGAACCCAUAAUUAAAGAAAUAAAACAUCAAGAUAUUGAAUCAUCUGUCGCAAAACUGGAAAACAACGUCGAGGAGGAUAUAAAUAACAAAGCUGAGUCAUUAAUUCAAAAAAUUAAAAAUAAAUCUGACGAAUCGACAGUCGCUAAAAUUGAAAAUGAAGUCAAGGAAAUAUUUGGCAUUGAUAAUGAGUCGAAUGUCAGCAUAAAGUCAACAGAUCCUGAGCAAAUAAUGCAAUCUGGGGACUUAAAAAUUUCGAGUGAUCUUACAACCAAAGUGCCAGAUACUUCUGAUGAAAAUGACCAUAGCAUAGAUAAAAGAAGUAUCGAAACAAGCUCUAGUUCAACUGAAUCAAAGGAUCCUCAAAUUAAAGUCACAGCGAAUGAAUUGGCUACUACUGAAAUGCCUUCUGUUAUAAAAGCUGAACAGAAAGACUCUUCAUUGCUUAAAAGUAAUAAAUUAAUUGGCACCCAAAAUUUUACUAACACUAAUGAAAUUGAUAGCAACACAAAGAAAUUGCCCAAAGAGAAACAUAUUGGAAGCACCUUAGAAUCAGGUCGAUUAAUGCCGACUCCAAUUGCCGAGCUGCAGCUUAAAUCAUUUAAGUCACCUGCCGAUUCGGCUCCAUGGUAUCAGCAUGUUGCUGAAUAUAAUGACUCUGCUGAGAAUGAGAAUAAAAAAGAAAAUUAUAAAGCUAAUGAUAAAAAUAUCAUUGAAGAAGAUCAGACUCAGGAUAUACCAACUAAUAUUGCUAUUGAAAGAGUUCCCAGAUAUUUUAAUGGCGAUGAAGUCCCCACAAUUAAAAAUCCAAAAAGGAAAAACUCUGUGGCGUUUUUCAUUUCAUUUGAUUCGGAUGAUGAGAAACCAACAUUCAAAGUACCCAAAAAGUUUUUAAAGAAACCAAAAGAAGUCGUCCGAAAACCCCCCACCAAUAAUGCCAUAGAAGUUGAUAAUAAUGAUAAACUUGAAGAUGAAAGCUAUCCAGAUCUAGACGAUGAGCUGGAAAUAGAAAUAUCUGAAAAUGAUUUUCAACAGUUUGCUGCAUCCAAAUUACAAACUAUUCCUGAAGUAAAUGAAUGUGAUUCCAGCAAUGAUCUCAGAUAUGCUGGAAAAACUGUAGACCAGAUAUCCGAACAGUCUGAAAAAGAAGUCAAAGAAAAUAGUCCACUAAAUAUCACAGAUGUUAAAGAAAUUGAUGUGUCCAAGGUGGAAGAAAUUACAGAGUUAAAACGAAGCGAAAGCCCCCGAAAAGGUAGCAUUGACAUAAAGAAUGUUCAUAACGUUGAAGAAAUAUUGUCGAACGAGAAUGAAAAACACAAUGCAGCAGUGAUUAUUCAAAACUGUGUAAGAGCAUUUCUUAAAAAAAAAUCAGAUAAUAAAACAAAUGAUAUAAUAUCAGAGUUUAGUCGAAAGGUUGCAGCGAAGAAAAUACAAAGAGCCUAUAGAGAAUUCACAAAACGUGAUAUCCAAGAUAAAACAUCGGAAAUAAAUGUUACUCAAAAUAAUAAACAAAUCGAUGGGACCGAAGGUGAGAGGGAAGUAGAAAAGAUGGCAGCUCUAAUCAUUCAAAAAGCAUUCAGAAGUUAUUCAGAGCGAAAGAAACUAGAAAACUAUGAGGAAAGCUCUCACGGUUCAGUAACUAGUUCCCCAAUGACAGCCAUACGAAAUUUAAGUAUUUCCAGUGAAUUAACAAGCCUAGAGAGUUCAUCAGUUCUAGAUGCUGGGAUGCCAUUAUCAGAAGACUUCAAAGAUAUUGACUCUGCUGAUGGCACAAUAGUGGUAAACGAGUCAAACAAUGAUUCUGGUAUUGAUAGUGAAACGAUGGCAACUGCACGUAAUGUUGAAUCCACCAAAGACACGCAAGUAGAUAGAACGCAUGGCUUGCUUGAAUCAAAAUUAGUUCCUGAUACUUGCAAUUCCAUAAUUGAUCAAAAUCAAACACCACGCCCACUUGAACAGACUAAUGCAGUAUCUAAUGAUUUAGACGUUUCUACAGAUGGUGCAGUGUUUGGCUUAGUAGAAGAUCCUACCCUUGGUCCAAUCGACCAUUCAGGCAGUUUUGCUGGCGGUACUGCUGCAAUCAGAGAAUUGGUAAACGAAUUUCUUAUCAAUGAGAUUCAAUAUUCCACCCAGGAGCAAAGUCAACCAAAUGAAGUCCAAGAGGAGCCUUGCAUUAAGAAAACAGCUUCAAUUACUAAUCUUAGUGAGAGUCUAGAGAGCAUUAAAUCACGAGAAACUAAACAAAAUGAGUCAUCUGAUGUCAUGCUGGGGGAAAAUCUGGCACACGGAGAAUCUAUGGACUUAGAUACAUUCGCCACAGAUACCUUAGAUAAGGCUACAUUAAAGUUAUUGAAACCAGAACGAACCAUUGAGAAGAUGUCGCAGCGGCAAGUUUCAGAGUCACUAGAUAAGGACAACUUGCCCACUGAGGCAAGUUUUGAAGAGCCGAUUAUUAAGUCAAUGGGCUCAUUGCAGGACCAAGCAAACAUGGACAUUGAAGAUGGCGAUUUAAUCAUUUAUAAACGCCUUCAACGCGAGGAUACCCGCGAGAGUUCCGCCCAAAGUGAUUCCGUAGUAUUUGGGGAAACCAACGAGGAAGAAGCUGAAAGGCAAGGAAGUGCUAAUAAGAUCGAUGCAGAACCAACUAGAGUACAAUUCACACGCCAUUAUACAAUUGCUGGAGAUGACCCAAGAAGAAUGUUCAAGACCAUCGAUGACGAUGGAGAAGGCGAUUUCGAGGCUGCUCCUCUAAUAGAUAGCACUAGUAGUUUCUGCCUAGAUGAUGAAACUUCGGAAGCUAUUCGUAAAAAAAUUAUGGCAUAUUCUCUAUCAGAAACAGACUCUGAUUACUUCGAUCCCAAUAAAGUGAUCACAGAUGACUCUUACAUCGACACAGCAAUGGCAGAUGAUGCCAUGGGAACCUCAACAGAGACAGAAUCCACAAUUGUAUCGGCCGCAACGAAAAUACAAGCUGGAGCCCGGGGAUUUCUAACGAGACGUAGAUUACGCCGUGCCAGUGCAGGUACCAAGUCAUCCACUCAAGAAACAAAGGCAUCCUUUGGCAAUGAUGCCAUCAGUGAGUCCCUAGAAAGAUUUAUUGAAGAAGAAGCCGCCAAGAAGAUACAAGCAGCGUAUCGCAUCCACACCAGGAAGCAGAAUCGUCGCAAAAACAAAUUGGAGGGAGUCAGUUUGGAGAGCAGUCUAGCUGCCAGGCGUCAGAAGUUACAGCGUGGAGAUGCCCUUCGAAACGAUUCAACUCCAGAUGAUGAUAAUAGUGCUAGGACUAGCAUAAAUACAACCAAUGGACCACAGGUCGAGAAGAUAUCGAAAAAACAUCGUUCGGAAGCAACUGCCGAGGAGCACAAGAAGUCCAAGGUCAGUAUGGAAUUGAAGUGGCCUGUAUUGAGGCAAAACUCGAUGCCAGUUCAAAUCGAUUGUGAGGUACUCAGGGUUAUCCCAAAGCAUCUGCGAAAGCGAAUAAGGAGCGCAGAAAGUCAAAAGAAGAAUCGAAAAUAAUUAACUAAAAUCAAAAUAAUGGCAAAUUAUGUUGGCUUAAAA